GCACGCCAUGCUGCUCUUUUCGUUGCACUCGGUCUCUCGUCAGCUCCCACACUCACUUCUUCCCAUGGAAACCUUCAGAAAAUCUCCGUUAAAGCCUUGGAAGAAAGGUCCAAUCAGAGGCAAAGGCGCUCCUCUGAAUGCCUCCUGUCAAUACCCGGUAGUUCGGCAAAGGACUUGGGGAAAAUGGGUGGCAGAAAUCGGGGAACCCAAGAAAGGAACCACACUCUGGCUCGGUUCUUCUGCUACUGCAGAGGAAGUUGCCAUGGCUUAUGAUGAGGCUGCAAGGAGACUCUAUGGACCUGAUGCUUACCUCAAUCUCCCCCACCUUCAACCCAACUCAAAUUCUCACCCUCCAAACAGAUUCAAAUGGAUUCCUUCAAAGAACUUCAUCUCCAUGCUUGAAGAACUCAAGAAGAAUAAUGGAGCUCUGAACAAAUCUUCUUCUUCUUCUUCUAGUUCAUCUUCAUGUGAAUCAGAAACUGAUACUCAGAUCAUAAGCGAGAAGAGCCAGAGCCAGAGCCAAAUAGAAAAUCUGACAACCAAGGAGAAAGAUGUAGAUGUUUUGUCAACAGAGGAAAUGCUGCAGACUGAGGAACCACAGAUUGAUCUAAAUGAGUUUCUUCAGCAGCUUGGAAUAGUGAGAGAGGAAAAGCAGUCACAAACAGGAGGAAUAGGUGAAAUUCCUACAGAGAAUUUACCAGAGUCAGUGAUGGAUUCUAACAUAAGAGAUUUUGAAGAAAUUGCAGCCUUCGCAGAGAAGAGUUUCAACUGGGAUGCUGUGGUAGAGCUGAAGGGAAUUGAGCAGAUCAACAAGGAGCCAAUCCCAGCUUCCAUGUUCAUGAUGUUCAAGAGGAGCUAACCUGGCCUACAUCUAUUGGGAACUUCUAAAAUUAGUAAUAAAUAGAUCUCUUGAUCUUCAGUUAAGUUAGGUACCAUGAUGUUUAGCAGUAGUGCAGGUUGCAUUGCCGUAUCAAGAUGACAUUUUUAUCCAUUUCUGUAAACUUAUUAAGUGGACAGGGUAGGAUAUUGCUACUAACCACCAGUAAUCAAACUUCUAAAAGUAG